AUGAGUCGGUUUAUGCCUGUCGCUGCCAUGUCGGGAACGAUUCUCGCGAGAAUAAACCUCACGUCUUUUCCGUUUAAAAUUCUUCUUCUUCUUCUUCUUCUUCUUCUUCUUCUUCUUCUUCUUUUUCCUUUCUUUUUUCUUCUUUUUUACUUCAUUUUCUUCUUCUUUUUCUUCUUCUUUUCUCUUCUUCGUUUUCUUCUUCGUUUUCUCAUUAAUGUUCUUGGUUUUCUUCUUUUUCUUUUUCGUUUUCUUCUUUUUUACUUCAUCUUCUUCGUUUUCUUCUUCUUUUCUCUUCUUCGUUUUCUUCUUCGUUUUCUCAUUAUUAUUCUUGGUUUUCUUCUUUUUUUCUUUUUCGUUUUCUUCUUUUUUACUUCAUCUUCUUCUUUUUCUUCUUCCCUUAAUUUUCUUCUUCUUCUUCUUCUUCUUCUUCUUCUUCUUCUUCUUCGCUUAUCGUCUUCUUUCUUCUUCGCUUAUCGUCUUCUUUUUCUUCUUCUUCGUUUAUCUUCUUCUUUCUUCUUCCUCCUCUUCUUCUUCUUCUUCUUCAGCAAGCAGGUAACAGACGCUCUCUCUCUCUCUUUCUUACUUUCCGAAGCUUAG